UUGGAGAGGCACAGUGGAGACUGGGGCGCACGAGAGACAGAGAGCUGGAAUUGCAGAGGCAGAGACGCACGGGCGCACGGUCGAUUUUCGCCUCCCGCAUACUGGGAAGUCCCGUGCCUGUCACCAAAACCGGAGCACAGGGCUCGAGCGCGGUUAUGUCAGCACCUUAAUUGGGGACAAGACUGUGAACCAACGUCCGUGCUCCACAUUUUAUUUUAUUUUUUCCUCCUUUUUUGUUUUUGCUUUCCCAUCUCUCUGGGUGCAGAUAUUGAUGUGAGCCAGAGAAGCGGUUUUUCCGUUGAGCCGCACGAGACGGAGGCGCGCGACGGCAGGAGGAGACAACGUUUACACUAAUGUGGGAGGACUAUCUCCCUCCGACGCGGGGAGCCUAUAUGAAGGGGAAAUGCUGCGCGCUGACGGCUGCAGCCGUCAAGGCAUCGACUCCGUGACCCGGGUGAGGAGAGGAGUGAAGCACCGCCACCGACAGCCGCGCGAGCCCACCGCCCAGCCAGCCAGCGUUGACACCGCAACAGCUCCAUCAGCCAGCGCGAGCCCCCAGACUCUCUCUCACUCCCUUGCAACCAUGGGCAAAAGACAGGAGCAGAGGGGAGAGAGAGAAGUAUGUGAGCUCUCCACUGCAGUAUUGAUGACCCAAUGAUCCCCUGCAGAACAGAGCCAGUCAGGCAGACAGAGUGAGGCUCAACUCAGAAUCAAAAUCAGAAUCACCGCCACAACCAUUCGGUCAGAAUCGUCUUGCCAGCUGUUAGAAGAAGACUACAAAGAAGAAACAUAUUCAUACAGCAGAAAACAUCCCUCAUUUUCCUUCCUCAGUACCAGCAAGACCGUUCACUGAAUGAGUGGCUUGUCAGAUCACUUACAUUCAGGCCAAACUGGGGCUCCAGUGAGCUGUGGUGGGAGUCAGGCAGAGGAAAAAGCGUGUGUGGAAGGGCUGGCAGGGCCAGAGCUCUGGACAAGGGAGCUUGGGCUCCAGGAGGGGUCCCAGGAUCCCUCUAACGAUGGACUGGCACCGGUGACCUCCGACCACUUUCCUUCCCCCUCUCCUUCCGCCCUGGCCAACGGCCUCCCUCUACAGAGAAGGCUGGGGCACAGCUCCUGCCGGCGGAGGCAGACGGAGACUCACACUACCGCUGAGACACACACAUUUGCAGAGACAGUUAGAAACAUGCAAACGCACAUAGACCCAGAUGUGCAUGCUCAGGCUGUUUCACAUGCUCACGUGGAUAAUUGUGGACUCAUGGAUAUUAACACACGAACACGUUCUUUAGGGCCAGAACAUGCCAGAACUCUCACACCAGAGGCCAUACACACAACGUCACCUCAACCCCUGUCUUUGACACUUGGCAAUCGCCCUGCCUCCGCAAAUCAGCUGGCAGCCCCAGUGCUCACUGCAGAGACAGAAAUGCCCUCAACCUUUUGUCCAGUCCCUAUUGGUCCAAACCGAAACACAGUUCCCACCCCUCUUCCUGUGGAGGCUGAGAAGAAGUAUGCACUCCGCAGCUCUGGACGUCCCCGCUUCCCCUGUCACUUGCGCAAAUCCUCCCGCCUACGUCGAAGCAUAGAGGAAGGGGAGAAGAGAGCAGGGAGGGACAGGGGAGGAGAGGAGGAGGAUGAAGUAUUGGAGGAGAAUAUCUGGAGGGUUAAAGAGGAGGAGGUAGCUGUUGGCGAGAAAGAAGAGCAUUUGUCUGUGGAGGCUGUUCUCCCCACGGCUCCCUGCCCUACAGAUAUCGCUCUUUCUCUAACUGUACCCAAACCUGUUCCUAAAACUAUACCUAAACCUGGGCCCAGACUUGGGCAUAGACCUGGACCUAAAUCCAGGUCUAGGCCUGCACCGAAAUCUGUCCAUAAAGCAGGUCCUAAAAGUGUCAUGAAAAAGCGCCAGGCAGCCCAGUCCAUGGCUCAGCGUGCUACCCCUCAUCUCCCAAUUGCGAACACAUCCACCAUCCCUGCACCUCUGCUAACUGUAAAGGAGGAACCUGUUGCGGAGUUGGGGACAUCUCCUCCCAAUAACCGGAGACGUGGGCGUUUUGUUGGCGUGAGGAAGAUUGUUGUCAAGGUGGCUCGCAUUCCUGUCAGCCUUAGCCGCCGACAGAAGAGCUACAAGAUUUCUAAUAUGGAGACAGUUACAGGGACAGAGAAAAGCAACGAUGGCGGUCUGGAGGGCUCAGAGGCAGUUCGAGAGCCAACCGCACUUCUCCGCAUGAAGAACAAUGGGAAGAGUGUUAUGGUGAUGUUCCCUCCUGGAGAACUGCCUGUUAUUCUCAAACGCAGGCGGGGACGACCACCUAAACAGGCUCUGCCAGUAAUACCGGGAGAGCCUCCGAAUGCCGGGAAUGCUGGUGGUAAUGGAGACCAGCCGAAGAAGCCACAGAGGCGGCGGCGGACUAAGCUCCCUUCCCCUUACCCAUCCUAUGUCAAUGAUACUAAUGAUGUGAAAACAGAAUAUGGGGAUGUUUUGUCCAAACUCGCCUUCUUAAACCGCCAGCCACCUACCACUGGCCGCUGCUCUCCCCCUCGCUGCUGGACACCCAGUGAACCAGAAAGCUUCCAUACCCCCUUGGAAAACCCUGGAAUAUCCACACUGCUCCACCGGCUCACUGGGUAUAGACGCCCCCGAGGUGGCAGAGGAGGGGGCAUUGGAAGAGGUGGAGCAGCAGGGGGGAUUGGGGGCAGUGAACGCAAUAAGAGCACCUUCAGUGACUUCUUUGAAUCCAUUGGCAAGAAGCGGAAACCGAGCCCCCAUUCUGAGCAUGGAUUACCUAGGAAAAGGGGAAAGGCUGGAGGUGGGGUUGGUAGGGGAGGGGGUAUCGUAGGAACUGAGCCUGGGGGAGAGAAAACUGUCAAGAAGAGACGUAUGAGAAAAAAUGGUGCAUUUAAGGGGGAGGGGGUGUCCAUGGGGCAGGACUGGCCCAAUGGGGCAGGUGGCUGGGGGGAGGACAAGGAAAAAGGUUUGAGUGGGUAUCAGCUCUGUGGAUCUCCAAGGCGGGGGUUUUCCUCCUGUGAGGUUGGAAGGGGAGGUGCCUACAGCAACACAGGAGGAAGCAGAGGGGUUGGGCCAGCUGGGGAGGACUCACAAGGCCUGUUUGCUGGAUACUUCCGGUCACUUCUUGACUCUGAUGAUUCCUCAGACCUGUUGGACAUCUCCUCCUCACAGUCAGACCCCCGCAAAGCUUCAUCCACCCCUGGAUAUGAGCCAUCCAGUCCAGCUCCUGGUCACAGCUGGUCCCCUGCAUUCCCAAAGUGGAGCACUAAGGGUGCAGGUUCUGGGGUGGAGGGUUCCUCCCAGACACAUUGCUCCUCAGCCAGGCCUCCAUACAGCUAUGCCAGCCUGGCCCAAAUAUCCCCCACUACUUCUACCUAUCCCAAAUCCACCCCUCCAUCUCUCUCACACUCUCCUAGCUCCCCCCAUCCUGCCUCUUAUGGCCACUUCUCCUCUGCCUACUCCUCCUCUUCUCCUGCAGUGCCACAGAGAUCCUCAGACUGCAGCUUUGCAUAUGGAUCUGGACACAGCACUGGCAAGGCCACCACUGUUGGUCAAAUGGGUUAUUCUAGCUAUCAGGUAGCAGCCAAGCGAGGCUAUAGUGGAUAUCCUGCAGCAGGUCAUUCCUCCGUGGUGCGGGGAGAGUUGACAGGACCCACAUCACCAGGUGGAGGCUACAUGUCUGUGGCCAAAAGUAGCCUAUUCAGCUCCUCCUCCUCUCCAGAAGGUUACAAACAGUACAACUCUAAUCAGUGGAGCUACAGACAAGCUUAUGGUGGCUGGUCAACAGACAGCUUUGGUCAUCAGUAUCACGGCUACAGUGAAUAUGGCUCCAGUGAGUCCAAAGACAUCUUGGAUAUCUCAAACUACACCCCCCAGAAGGCCAAGCGACAACCUUUUCCUGAAAGUCUAUCAGAAUCCUCCUCUGACUCUUCACAUCUUGGCUCUGCAGCCACUGGUAGUGGACCUAGCUCCACAGGUGGCCUCUACAAACAGAAUGAGGCCGCUUCUGUUAGCGGAGACGGGGGUCAGUCAAGUCUGUCCAGCCUGGAGAAGUUGAUGAUGGAUUGGCAUGAGAGUGCUUCGGGGCCCUCGUACAACUGGAGCCAGAAUGUCCUAUUCCAGGGAGGGGGAACCAGCAAACCUGGCCGUGGUCGCAGGAAACGGACUGAACCACAAUCUGAAAAAGAAGGGGCUUCUGCUUUACACUCUGAUUCCCCAUCCAGUCCCUCCCCAACACCUACUCCUGGACCUAAGCGGGGGGGGGUUGGAGGACGGGGCAGAGGGUCUAGAGGAGGCAGAGGGGGUUUGUCUCCAUGUCAGAGAGAGCGGCUAUCAGGGGCCAAAGGCAGGGGCAAGGCUGCCUCCACAUCUGGAGCGGGAGGAGCAGUGACUGUUGGAGGUCCGGAGGGUUCUGGGCUGUUCCAUGAGGGGCUGGACUAUUACAGCGGAGACAGUAGUAGCCUCUCUCCCCUGGCCACUCCAAAUCCUGCACCACCUUCCACCUACCUCCAGGAGCCCUGUGAGUACCCUUCCCCUUAUUCUGCCCACCCGUCCACACCUUCCUCUGAGGAGCGAUAUCCAGCCUUAUACCCUGGAGAGUCCUCCUCUUCCCUCUCACCCAGUGUCUCAUCUCCCCCUUACCCUCCAAAGCCGACCCCACCUCCGCCCCAGUCUUACCACCCUGUCCCCUCCAGGACUUUCUCCCCUUCCUGCUCUCCCUCACCACGGGUAACACCCCACUGUGGCACUGCACUGAGUCCCUCACACCGUCCCCCUCCAAAAGACCCACAGUUCUCGCAGUAUGACUCCCCCAGCUACUGCAGCUCCCCCUAUUGGUACGGACAGACAUCGCACAGCGGCAGCCCCAGCCCCCACUCACACAGCACACACUCAAAUACAGUCAUGCACACACACAGCAACCCGCAUACAAGUCCUCAUGGAAAUACACAUGGUAAUCCGCUCGCCAGCCCAAAUGCGAACACGCACACGCAUAUGAAUCCGACUACCCAUGACACACACCAUCACAAUACACAGCCCCAUGCAAACCUGAGCUCACACACCAACACUCAUCCCACCUCACACCUCCAGAGUAACCCACUCUCCCACUCAAACCCCCACCCCAACAAUCAGCCCCACCACAACACACACACCAACCCCAACUCUCACCUCCCUUCCCAUACACACUCCAACCAGAGUCCCAGUCUCCACUCCCACUCAACACCUGUGCUCUAUGAGGAGUGCAGCCCUCAAUCAACCGUGCCCUCCCACAAGCGGGAUCUGACGCCCCACGUUAUGAGCACAGGCCACCGCCAGGGCCCCUUGCCUCACUCCCCAUACUCCAAACCUCCCCUGGACUCCUCGCCCCAUCAGGAGGACACUAGUCUCUUCUCCUUGUCCCACCAGUCCUACCAGGGCAUAGGACACCGCUUCGCCUCCCAGGCCACUCAGGGAGGUGGGGUGCUGUGCCAACUCCUGGACCCAGCCAAUGAUGACAGCUUCAGCGUCACCAGCCUGUAACAGCAGGUGCAUUCAAUUCAAGCUUUUACAGAUUUGCAAACUUUUUUUUUUGGUAAGGAUACUUCUUUGUGAGAGACUGUGAAAUGAAGGGUGAGAAUUUAGCUGCCAGCUUUGGACAGUGAAGCUUUAAUUCUCCAGCACUGACAAUCAAGAUCAACUGCAAUUUAAACACCCAAGCAUGCACACGCACACAUGCACACAUGCACACGCACACAUGCACACAUGCACACACACACAUGCACACGCACACAAACACAGACACGCAUGUGCAGAUUAAGCCACUACCUAAACAUGAACACAUCAAAUCAUACAUGUGUACACUCACUCACUCACUCUAUGCUGGAAUGAGGGAAUGGCCGAGAGGAGCUGACAGAUGAAUAGCAGGCUCUGACGGACAGAGAUGAACCUAUUUCCUCAGCCCUUUCAGUCCUGCUGUGAUGCAUAGAGGACUCUGUUUCCCAGAUGUCUGUGUGUCACCAAAUCUUUCUGGUCCCGUACUGUACAUCUGCAAUUUGGACAUACUAGCAUCACUCUACUCUCUCUCUUUCUGUAUCUUUCCUCUGUUCUCUCUCAACCUCCACUCCUUUGCUAAACCAGCAACUAUGGUCUGCACUCGACCUACACUAAACCUGCAUUUCUGUCUUGUGCCGUAACCUGAACCGCAUCUGAGCCCAAGUCAACUUUUUAAAUACCAUGAGCCUAGCAAAUGUCCCGCUCUGUGCACUCCUUGUCUUGUGUGUCAUAAGAGAAAAGUGGACUAAACCAGUUUCUGCUCUUGAAAUACCAGCAUCUGUACAUACGACUCCAGCUCCAAGCCAGGGGCCCCCUCUGAAGGUCCAUCAUCAACAAGCCCUCCUCAGUGUUCUGCCAUGGUUUCUCUGCUCUGGGGGGGGGGGAGUGAGGACUGCAGCAUGGAGACCCAACAUCCUGUGUUUUGCUGUUUUAACUACAAGGGAAAGAGACAUUGAAAUCACACAACGGCCCCAAAGAGACUCUUGUUUUCUGUGUGCGAAUGUGAGACAGAGGAGGGUGUGUUUGCGUGACUGCAGUAAUGCAUGUAGUUGUGUGUAUGUGUGAAUUUAUGUGUGUGUUUGUGUGUGUGUGGGGUCAAAAGGAGUGAAGCUCCCCAGACACCAAAGUCUUUAUGGGGCCUCAUUCUUUCUUUCACUCUCUCCCUUCUUUUUUCUGUGGUCUUGUGUUGUUUGGUGGUUUUUGUGAUGAAAAAAAAUUGUAUAUCUGUCUGUUACAUAUCAUGUAUGUAUCUGAGGUGCAAAAUAUUUAAAUACACAUUCUGUUCUUGCCAUUGGUAA